AUGGAUUGUAUACUUCGCAACCCGCCAAUACAGCUCCAUGAAGUGGCUGAUAAUAUCGCCAAUGUCACUGGAUCAGCGUUUGGGCCCGCGGAGACGCUAUGCCGUGCUCUAUAUAGGCUUGGAAUAACGCGUAAGAAGGUAAGCUAUGACAUUUUCAAUAAGUUAGUAUGGCUGGCCAUAACACACAUAUUGUUUCACCAAGCCGGCCUAUGAGCAAUGAUUAAUUCGUCUUAUAAUAAAAAAAUGUGAUAAUUUUGAAAACUGAUCAGUUUCCUUUUCUCCAGAUACAUGCAGAGAGUUGCUCUUCAACAAAACGAGAACCUCAGGCAACAAUUCAAGGCCGAAAUCAGCGUAUUUAGCCCAAACCAACUAGUUUUCGUCGAUGAAACUGGCAUUGUAUGUAGGCUAACAAAAAAUAAUUAUACCUGUCGUUCUACUGUUAAGAACUGAUCACAUUCCUAUAUUUAUUUAGUUGUACUUUUGUUUAAAGGAUAAACGGAUAACUCGACAAUAUGGUUAUAGCGCUCGUGGAACACGUCCCGUCGUCCGUGAUUACAGCUAUGUUCGGUGGGCACCUCAUUAUUCGGCUAUAUCAGCAAUUUCGAGUGACGGGCUUAUAGCUAACCAACUGAUGAAAAAUCCAGAGGAAAGAUUUGACGCGAAUUCGUUUAUACAAUUUCUUAAUGAGCAGCUUUUACCGGCAAUGAAUCCGUUCAACGGGGAAAACCCGCGAUCUGUUAUCGUCAUGG